AUGAUCCAAGUGAACCAAACGAACGGAACGAACAAUGCUUGUUGUGGAAUGGGGGAGAACGUCGGGACAAGGAUGGAUGAUGCCCCACUGAUCGAACGACGCAGCGAGGACAUGCCUAGCUGCAUUCACAGAUAUGAGAGAGUUUACAUGAGCUACCUACACUUACAAUUCUGCGUCCUCGACUUUAAGGAUACCAUGUUCAUUUCGGUGACUGACGAACGUAACCAGUUAACAGACCUUCAGGCAUCCUACCCAGUGAAAUAUGUGGAUGCCGAUAACACGGCGUGUCUGGUGGGAGAGCCCAACUCGCACGGGAACGACGUAGCCCGGCUGCUAGGCAUGAAGUUCAAGAUCCCCUUCUAUGUAAGCGUGAAUGUAGACGAAGGGGAUGAGGGACUCACCAACUUUAUCUUCUCUACCUGUUUGGAGAUACUGAAGCCGCUGUUCAGUGGGCAGAGAGGUGACUCCACAUAG